AUGUGUUCAAGUUGUCCUUAAGGAUUUAUAUUAACAUCUAAUGCUAAAUGUAUAUUUGAAGAUCCAACUAUUAUUGAUUAAGCCAAAAAUACAAUUGUUAGUACACCAUUAAGAUAUACAUUCCCAGAUUAAACUUAUGUUUUAGUAUGGUAUUAAAAUGGUGAAUAAGCAGGAGUAUAUUUCUAAUUAUAUUCUGUUGAUAAUGCUAAAAUAGGAACAGAAAUUCUUGUUUCAGAUAUAACUAGAAGAUUAUUAGUAAUGGAUACUUAAAUAGAGAAAUAGUAUUAUGCUCAUUUAGCUGCUGUUGAUUAUAACUUUUAUAUAGUUUGGGCUGAUUCUACUAGUGUCGAAACUAAUUUCUUAUUAUAAGAAUUUAAUUCUGAUGGAUCUGAAAUUACAUCUCCUUAAUCUAUAGGUAUUUCUAAUAGUAAUGUUUUAUCAUUAAUUUCAAAACCCUGUGAAUUAUUAGCUCUAUCCAAUUAAAAUAUUUUUGUAUCUUUUAUGACUUAAAACUCUGAAAAUUAAGAAAAUUACAACUUUAAAUAUUAAAUAUUUGAUCCCAAUCUUUAGAGUAUUAAUUCAGUUUAAGAACUACCUAAUGUAAGUUAUAUGAUAACUCCAUCAAUCAUGUAAGAUGAUUCAGGAAUGAUAUAUAUUAGUUACACAAGUGAUGGAUAUGUAUUUGUAUAAUAAAUUACAUAAUUUGGGAAUCCAAUUAAUUAGCCUUAAGCUAUUAGUGAUAAUGGAACAUUUACAAUAAAAACAGCUUACCUCAAAAAUGGAAUGUUUGUAUUUUUAUGGGAAAAUAAGAAUAUAUAAACUUUUAAAGCUAUGUUUAGUCUUAAUUAUUAAUUAAUUUCUAAAGAUUUAUCAUCAAGAAGUGAAGUUAAGGGUAUUGGAAUUGCAUAAGUUUAAGAAUAAACACCAGAUUUAAAAUUAUUUAAUGAUGGAUUUAUCGUUGUUUGGAAAACUACAGAUUCAUAAUAUUAAUCAAUUGGAAUAUAAUUCUAAAUAUUUGAUUCUUUAGGUGUCUAAUAAAAUGAGAUUAUCGAUGUAUCGAUUUCAGGAAAGUAUCCAUAGAAUCCAAAUAUUCAAAUAAUUAAUGAUGAUUAAUUUGCUAUUACAUAUAUAUCCAAAGGUGUAGAUGUUGAUGGAUCUAAUUUGGGAGAUGGCAUUCAAAUUAAAUACUAUAAUAAAUAAGGAGAAGAAUACUUUAUUAUAACUCCUUAAUUAUGUGGUAAGGAAUGUAAUAUAUGUUAAUCUCCAUUGAAUUGUUAUAGAUGUUCAUAUGGUUAUUAUCUAUCUUAGGAUAAUUAAUGUAUUAUUGAUUGUGGACUCUAUUGUAAUUAAUGUGAAGUACCUUUGGUCUGUUAAUCUUGUGUGAAUGGAUAUUCAUUAAAUUCGAAUAAUUCUUGUACUUAAGUGGAAUGUUCUGAAGGAUAUCAAAGAAAUCCAAAGACUAAAUUAUGUGAUCCUGAAUGUCCAAAUGAAUGUAUAUGCACACUUCCAAAUACUUGUAAUGCUUGUAUAGCUGGAUAUUAUUUGAAGAAUAGUUAAUGCUAUUUGAAAUCAAACAAUUUAGGUGAGAAUCCCAUAUCCAAUCCUUCUAUAUUCUAUGCAUUGAUAGUAGUAUCUAUUCUCUUAUUUAUAUCUUGGAUCUGUUGUUAUAAAUGCAUUAUUUAACAUAGAUAAAAAGAUAAAGUUCAUUUUGUUUCAAGUGAAAGUAAUUUAGCAUAAGAAAAUAAUGAGAGACAAAUAUCAUCAGCUGCAGAACGUGAAUAGAGACUUGAAGAUGAUUAAAUUAAAUAAAAUACGAUGGGGGAUAAUCUUAUGAUAAAAUAAUAGAGUUCAAAUAAUAAUGUUUUUUAGAUCCCAAUAAAGAAUGAAAGAGGUGAUGAUCGAUAAAUAAAAUUUAAGUAAAUUUAAAGUGAAGAGAUUAUUAUUAAGAAGUCAUAUCAAUGA